GCCCUGCCCCGUUUAUUUCCAACCCAAUUCUGUCCAGGGAACCCACAUGUCGGCUACUUCCACUCAGCAGUGAUUCAACAUGUGAACCGCCGGGCUGAUGCUGGGAAGAUGAUGGAAGAUAGCAGCUAACCAAACACUGCUGAUAUGAAACGCAUGGAUUAUGGCUCUGAUAUGGAUAUGUUGUCAAAUCCUACUUUUUCUAAGUGUCUGUGUUAAUGCAUCGCUGCGUGAUGGCGACGACACUUCCUGUGAUGGAGCGUUUGAUAUUUAUUUUGUUUUAGACAGGUCGGGCAGUGUGUUUGGACACUGGCAUGAGAUCUAUGGAUUUGUGGAGCAGCUCACCAACAGGUUUGUCAGUCCCAGGAUGAGGGUUUCCUACAUAGUCUUUUCAGCCAGAGCAAUUGUAAUAUUGCCACUAACGGGAGACAGGUCUAAGAUCGAUGAGGGUCUGGAGAAGCUGAGCCAAAUCAAACCUGCCGGUGAAACUUACAUGCACGAAGGCAUGAAAGCGGUGUCAGAGCAGAUGAAGACACAAACUGCACCGUCAUCCAGCAUCAUUAUCGUUCUGACUGAUGGCAAGCUGGAGGUUUUCCCCUUUGAACUGACUCUACAGGAGGCUGACAAAGCCAGAGGGUUCGGAGCCAGAGUGUACUGUGUCGGGGUCAUGGACUUUGACCACAAACAGCUUGCUGAAAUAGCAGACGGCACAGAACAAGUCUUCCCGGUGCUGUCCGGGUUUCAUGCCCUCAAAGACAUCGUCAACUCGAUCCUGAAGCAGACGUGCGCAGAUGUAUUCACAAUAGAGCCGUCGAGUGUUUGUGUGAAUGAGUCUUUCAGUGUGGUGCUGAGGGGCAGUGGCUUCAGCGGAUCCAGGAGGACAGACAACAUUCUCUGCUCCCUCACUGUCAAUCAAAAGACAUACGACCAGAAGCCAAAAGUCAUCAGAGACGGCUAUCUGCUGUGUCCAGCUCCUGUUCUGCACGAGGUCGGAGAAUCAAUUGAUGUGCUGGUCAGCCUGAAUAAUGGACAAUCCUACAUCUCCAGUCCCAUCACCAUCUAUGCUACAACUUGUUCAGAUGGGACCUGGGUGCUCUGGUUGCUGUUGGCUCUGUUGCUGUUACUGGCUCUGGCUUUGUUCUGGUGGUUCUGGCCUCUGUGCUGCACUGUGGUGAUCAGAGACCCACCCCCCUCUCGUCCACCUCCUCCACCUCCUGUCAUUGAGCCAGAAGAAGAUCUUUUGCCCAAACACAGGUGGCCCACAGUGGACGCUUCAUACUAUGGAGGCAGAGGUCCUGGAGGAAUCAAACGCAUGGAGGUGCGUUGGGGCCAGAUGGGGUCCACAGAGGAAGGGUCACGUCUCGAGAAAGCCAAAAAUGCUGUGGUCACUAUGCCGGAGGGGGCUGAGGAGCCCAUCACGCAUCGGCCUCCACCACGGCCUCCUCCGGUCUACAACCCCCCGUCACAAUCCAAAUGGUACACUCCCAUCAAGGGGCGUUUUGAUGCAUUGCGGGCAUUACUGAGGAGACAGUACGACAGAGUGGCAAUCAUGAGGCCGACACCUCAGGACAAGGGCCGCUGCAUCAACUUCACCAGAGUUCAGAGUCACUGAUGUUCAGACAUGAGGAUCAACACUUUUCACUUUAUUCCAGUUUUUGGCCAAACGUGACAAGUUUGUACACUCAAGAGAUGAUUGUUUGGAUUCAAUGUGUAUUGUAAAUAAAAGCAUUUACUAUCUAUAA